AGUUCUUCUUCCCUGGGUUUUCCAGUCCAUUUUGCACUGAGUGACACAGAGAGCUGAGCGCUGGGCGCGUAAUUUUGCACUCUGGAUCAAAGAUAGCUCAGUAAUACAUCAGCCAUUAAGUUUCCUACAUAGAUAAGCCCUAGCCUCACUUCUCCAAUAGUCCAGACAGACUCAGAGAUGAACCUGACUGCUGAGAACAACAGUGUUCCCCUCAGUGAUGGGAACCGUAUUCCCCUCGUUGGGCUGGGGACUUAUGGAGACCCACGAACGGUAAGGGAAACCUAUUUUUAAAAGAGCAGUUUGAACACCAGGUGCAUGGGGAAAAAAUGGUUUGAUAAAAUGUACUCCAGCACGAAUACUUCACAUUACAUUGUUUGUUAAGUAUUCAAGAAUACCAGGGUUGGAAUUUCUUCUUUUUCAAGAAUGUACAGUAUACCUGACAGUCUGAUUUGGAUAACGUAAUUAGGAUUUCUCACUGACAGGCAGGCUGCCUGUUAAUCUCGGUCCCAGACACGUUUAGCCUGGGGACGAGGCCAGCCACCUGUAAAUUAGAAUGUGUUUUGAGAAUCAAAGUUCAAAUUAUCACAGAGUCCAUGUUCAAAUGAGCAUAAAGUCCAUGUUCACUGCUGUGAUUGACUGGUUAAUCAUUAACUAUUACUAGUGAUAAACAAAGUAGGCCUACAUAAUGUAUCUGAGUUUAACAUAUAAAUCAACUUAACUUAUUUAUUUCAUGUAAAUUCACUAUCUUAACUCUGUUUUUUGACAGACACCCAGAGGCACAGCGUUAAACAGUGUGAAGCAUGCAAUAGAUGUGGGAUACAGACACUUUGAUGGGGCUUUGGUGUAUUUCAAUGAGCACGAAGUAGGUCAAGCCAUAAGAGAUAAAAUUGCAGAUGGAACCGUCAAAAGGGAAGACAUCUUUUACUGUGGAAAGGUGAAGUUAUUUUAUUGCUGGUUGAUUUACACACUUCAAUAUCACUUAACUUUCUAUCACAGAACAAUAGUAGGCCUAUAUUUUAAGGGCCGUUUUCCCUUGCACAAAUGCCUAGUCCUUGAUUUAGAACUAGACUAAUGUUCAAUGGUGAUUCACAAUUUAAAGUGCAUUUUUGUCCAGGAAUAGGCGAUAAUCUUUGUCCGGUAAACUGGUCCUGAAUGUAUUCCAAAUACAUCAGACUACAUACCUUUGUAUUUGUUUGUAUUUUGGGGCCUUUUCUAUUGGUUCUAUUGCAAUCAAGCAAAGCUAAAGUAUUUGAAAUGAUAUCAAAUAGUAUUUGAACCCAGGUCUGUCAGGCUAAUAGUGGUUGGUCAUAGCGAUCUCCUUCUACCUGUCUCAGCUAUGGAACACCUUCCACCCUCCAGAGCUGGUCAGGCCUGCCUUAGAGAGGACACUGAAGGCACUGAAACUGGACUAUGUGGAUCUAUACAUCAUCGAGAUGCCCACUGCAUUCAAGGUUAACAUAUUGUAGCUACUGUAGUCUACAGAUGUCAGUUUGAAAUUGCACUCACCUCUUAAAGGCCAACUAUUUUAAAGUAAACUCACAAUGUUUUCAAAUGUGUCAAUCAUUCUUAUAACGGUAUCUCAAUUCCAGCCUGGUGAUGAGUUUUAUCCUAAAUAUGAGGAUGGGCGGUAUAUUUACCAUGAGACAGACCUAUGUGCAACAUGGGAGGUGAGUUUUGUCUUCCAGGCCCAUAGCCAAUUGCAUCAUUGUCUCAUUAUCAAGAUCAAUUGUGUUUAGAAUAGUUGAGGAAUAUCAACUAUCAGCAUACUUAUGGGGUGGUUAUAAUGAACAGUAUAUGAAAAAUAAUGUAUUACAGAGGAUGAGAACUGUGUAGGCACUAGCCUAUAUACAAAACCCAGAAUAAAUCCUCUGGGCACAAAUGUAAAUACCAUUGCAAUGGCCUUGGCUCUAAUCUCUGUGUCAAGGACAAAGCCAUAAAUAGUCAGUCAACCUCUUUUCAAAGUUCUACACAGUCUCUAGAAUUUGUGUUGUGUUUUUUCUGGGGUAUCGCUCUCAUUCUGGUAAAUCAUUAUGAAUGGACAUAUUUUAAAGUCUCCUCUCUUCCAACAGGCUUUAGAGGCCUGCAAAGAUGCAGGGCUGGUCAAAUCUCUGGGAGUAUCCAACUUCAACAGGAGACAGCUGGAGCUCCUACUGAGAAAGCCUGGCCUCAAACACAGACCUGUGUCCAACCAGGUGGGACAUACUCUCUCUCUCAAUGCUGAGAUGCUUAUGCAAUUACAUUUGCAAACCUAAUUUGAGAUUCGUGCACAUAAUUAAUAAGUGCUAUAUAUAUUUUCAAUACAGGUCGAGUGUCAUCCGUACUUCACUCAGCCGAAGCUGCUGGAGUACUGCCGUCAGAAUAACAUUGUGAUCGUAGGCUACAGCCCCAUAGGAACUUCAAGGGACGCCUCCUGGGUGAACCUGAAAUGCCCUCCUCUGUUGGAGGAUGAGGUCCUGGUGUCCAUAGCAAAGAAGUACAGAAAGAACAGUGCUCAGGUGGCUCUGCGAUUCAACGUCCAGAGAGGAGUGGUGGUCAUCCCCAAAAGCUUCAGCACUCACAGGAUCAAGGACAACUUUCAGGUUCAACUGAAUUAAACAUAGUCAACAACCACUAAUAUACAUUAAGUGUACAAAACAUUAGGAACACCUGCUCCAUCCAUGACAUAAAAAUAUGCCAUUUAGCAGACGCUUUUAUCCAAAGCGACUUAGUCAUGUGCGCAUACAUUUUUACGUAUGGGUGGUCCCGGGGAUCGAACCCACUACCCUGGCGUUACAAGCGCCAUGCUCUACCAAUUGAGCUACAGAGGACCACGAGGACAUAGACUGACCAGGUGAAUCGAGGUGAAAGCUAUGGUCCCUUAAUGAUGUCACUUGUUAAAUCCGCUUUGAAGUGCCUUUGAACAGCGUAUGGUAGUAGGUGCCAGGCGCACCGGUUUGAGUGUGUCAAGAACUGCAAUGCUGCUGGGUUUUUCACGCUCAACCGUUUCCCUUGUGUAUCAAGAAUGGUCCACCACCCAAAUGACAUCCAGCCAACGUGACACAACUGUGGGAAGCAUUGGAGUCAACAUGGACCUGCAUCCCUGUGGAACGCUUUCGACACCUUGUAGAGUCCACGCCCAGACAAAUUAGUCUGUUCUGAGGGCAAAGGGGGGUGCAACUCAAUAUUAGGAAGCUGUUCCUAAUGUUUUUUACACUGCAUGGUGACCUAUUUCAGUUAUGAAUGUCCUUAUACCCCCUUUUUGUACUUUGUUAUAGAUAUUUGACUUUUCACUCACUGAGGAUGAAAUGAAAGCAAUUGAAGGACUGAACAAAGACAUCCGUUUUGUGGAGCUUCUAAUGUAAGUAUUAUAUAUCAUGGGGCAAUAUUGAGUCAAUUGCUAUAUUUGGGUGUUGAUACAGUAAGUGUUGUUUAUUUUUCCCACAGGUGGAGUGACCAUCCUGAAUACCCAUUUCACGAUGAAUAUUAAGCCUGGCAAUAUAAUUCCAUGUAUUCCUGUACCCCUGACAUAUUCACUGAACAUGUUUCGUUUUUUGUGUGUAACUGUACUGUAGUAGCCUACAUUUCUUUGAGUUAAUUCUGUCAUUUUGUGAGACAGUACCCUUCAUCAAAAGACCACCAGGGGGCUCUACUUGACAAUGAAUGAAAACCAAUGAUCAGUUUACAUUAAAAACAGUUUGUGAAAUCAUUCCCUAUUGCACAUUAAUUGUAUUUAACACAUUUAAAAAAUAAUAAUAACCGGAGACUGCUGAAGUAUCCCUAGUUCUGAAAUGUAACACUACUCUCAUAACUGUUGACCUCUACUGGAUCGGUGUCCCGUAUACGGGACUGUUGAGCUAACGUGCGCUAACAUGACU